UCCUUUCCUUUGCUUUUUGCUUGCAAGGCGGCGCCGCCGAAAGGGCUCAGCAGUGGGGUUUGCCGCGCGCACACAAAGGACGCCGGGGAAGCGCGGCGAAGAGCAGACCCUGGGGGGGCGGGCAGGUCCCGUGCGGCCCUAGGCGACCCUAGAGGUCAGCUCUCCUUGGUCCGGAGCCAAGCGCGGGGCGGCUUCUGCGGAGGGAAGGGAGGAGGGAGCCUGUCCUUUGGGAGGCGGCUGCGCAGCGGACAGUCGAAACGCGCGUGGGAAACGCUCGAGGGAGAGUUGAGGAGGAUUGAGGCUGAAGCCCAGGGACUAGGAGGGUGGAGCGGAGAGUGCGUGGCGGGCGGGUGCCUCGAAGCCUGAGAAGUUGGUGCGAAACCAGGGCGCGGGCAAGGCUGCUGCGCGCGGACUCAGGCUGACUCCUGGACGCACUCCUUUGGGGGAAGGGGCCCGAACUUCACCGUCGCCGACUGGGGGCAGCGGGUGCUGGCCGCCUCUGCCUGGAGGGAGACGCACGCGGGACGGUGAUGGUGGAGGAGCCGGCCGGGGCUGGGCGCUGGGCUCCUACCCGCCGGCGCACGGCCGCCUCUCGCUUGGGCGCUCCCCGCCAGGGGGCGGCGCAGUGCGGGGCAAGCAGGCGGCGGCUGGCGGCGGCGCGGCGACUGGGGUGGUAGGGGAGCGGGCUUCGAGUCACCGGCCUCACCUGGGCACGUCGUCGCCCCCGGAGCCUCCAGGAGUCCAGGGUCCGCAGAGGCCGCCUGCACUGCACCUCCAAUUUCCCGCUUUUGCUAUGUUGCCUUUUGGAGACAAAACAAGAGAAAUGGUCAAUGCAUGGUUUGCUGAGAGAGUUCACACUUUGUGCAAGGAGGGCAUCAGAGGCCACACAGAAUUUUGCUCCUGCCCCUCACAGCAGAGUCCCCGUGCAGAUAGCAGUGUCCCUGGAACACCAACCAGGAAAAUCUCUGCCUCCGAAUUUGAUCGGCCUCUUAGACCCAUCGUUGUCAAGGAUUCUGAGGGAACUGUGAGCUUCCUCUCUGACUCAGAAAAGAAGGAACAGAUGCCUCUAACCCCCCCAAGGUUUGAUAAUGAUGAAGGGGACCAGUGCUCGAGACUCUUGGAAUUAGUGAAAGAUAUUUCUAGUCACUUGGAUGUCACAGCCUUAUGUCACAAAAUUUUCUUGCACAUCCAUGGACUCAUCUCUGCUGACCGCUAUUCCCUGUUCCUCGUCUGUGAAGACAGCUCCAAUGACAAGUUUCUCAUCAGCCGCCUCUUUGAUGUUGCAGAAGGUUCAACACUGGAAGAGGCUUCAAAUAACUGUAUCCGCUUAGAGUGGAACAAAGGCAUCGUGGGACAUGUGGCAGCUCUCGGUGAACCCUUGAACAUCAAAGAUGCAUAUGAGGAUCCAAGGUUCAAUGCAGAAGUUGACCAAAUUACAGGCUACCGGACACAAAGUAUCCUUUGUAUGCCAAUUAAGAAUCAUAGGGAAGAGGUUGUUGGUGUAGCCCAGGCCAUCAACAAGAAAUCUGGAAAUGGUGGGACAUUCACCGAAAAAGAUGAAAAGGACUUUGCUGCUUAUUUGGCAUUUUGUGGAAUUGUUCUUCAUAAUGCUCAACUCUAUGAGACUUCACUUCUGGAGAAUAAGAGAAAUCAGGUGCUGCUUGACCUUGCUAGCUUAAUUUUCGAAGAACAACAAUCAUUGGAAGUAAUUCUAAAGAAAAUAGCUGCCACUAUUAUCUCUUUCAUGCAGGUGCAAAAAUGCACCAUUUUCAUAGUGGAUGAAGAUUGCUCCGAUUCUUUUUCUAGUGUGUUUCACAUGGAGUGUGAGGAAUUAGAAAAAUCAUCAGAUACUUUAACAAGGGAUCGUGAUACAAACAGAAUCAAUUACAUGUAUGCUCAGUAUGUCAAAAAUACUAUGGAACCACUGAAUAUCCCGGAUGUCAGUAAGGAUAAAAGAUUUCCCUGGACAAAUGAAAACACAGGAAAUGUAAACCAGCAGUGCAUUAGAAGUUUGCUUUGUACACCUAUAAAAAAUGGAAAGAAGAAUAAAGUAAUAGGGGUUUGCCAACUUGUAAAUAAGAUGGAGGAGACUACUGGCAAGGUUAAGCCUUUCAACCGAAAUGAUGAACAGUUUCUGGAAGCUUUUGUCAUCUUCUGUGGCUUGGGGAUCCAGAACACACAGAUGUAUGAAGCUGUGGAGAGAGCCAUGGCCAAGCAAAUGGUCACGUUGGAGGUUCUGUCAUACCAUGCUUCAGCAGCAGAGGAAGAAACAAGAGAGCUCCAAUCCUUAGCGAAGAUGGAGGGAAAGCAGAGAAGUGAUAUGCCAGAUGCUCAGAAGAAAUUUUGGAGGGAAUCAAGGAAAAAUCGUUACAGAGAAGAAACCUGGUUCAGAUUUCCUCAUUUUUCUUCCCUCUGCCCCACACAAGUUAAAGCCUCUUUUCAUCAGGCUGCUGUGGUCCCAUCUGCCCAGACCCUUAAAAUCACUGACUUCAGCUUCAGUGACUUUGAGCUGUCUGACGUGGAAACGGCACUCUGCACAAUCCGGAUGUUCACUGACCUCAACCUUGUGCAGAACUUCCAGAUGAAACAUGAGGUUCUUUGCAGGUGGAUUUUAAGUGUUAAGAAGAACUAUCGGAAGAAUGUUGCCUAUCAUAAUUGGAGACAUGCCUUUAAUACAGCUCAGUGCAUGUUUGCUGCAUUGAAAGCAGGCAAAAUCCAGAGGAGGCUGACUGACCUGGAGAUCCUCGCACUGCUAAUUGCUGCCUUAAGCCACGAUUUGGAUCACCGUGGUGUGAAUAACUCUUACAUACAGCGAAGUGAACACCCACUAGCUCAGCUCUAUUGCCACUCAAUCAUGGAGCAUCAUCAUUUUGACCAGUGCCUGAUGAUUCUUAAUAGUCCUGGCAAUCAGAUUCUCAGUGGCCUCUCCAUUGAAGAAUAUAAGACCACGUUGAAAAUAAUCAAGCAAGCAAUUUUAGCUACAGACCUAGCACUGUACAUUAAGAGGAGAGGAGAAUUCUUUGAGCUUAUAAGAAAAAAUCAAUUCAAUUUGGAAGAUCCUCAUCAAAAAGAGUUAUUUUUGGCAAUGCUGAUGACAGCUUGUGAUCUUUCUGCAAUUACAAAACCCUGGCCAGUUCAACAACGGAUAGCAGAACUUGUUGCAACUGAAUUUUUUGACCAAGGAGACAGAGAGAGAAAAGAACUCAACAUAGAGCCCACUGAUCUGAUGAACAGGGAGAAGAAAAACAAGAUCCCAAGUAUGCAAGUUGGAUUCAUAGAUGCCAUCUGCUUGCAACUGUAUGAGGCCCUGACCCAUGUAUCGGAGGACUGUUUCCCUUUGCUGGAUGGCUGCAGAAAGAACAGGCAAAAAUGGCAGGCUCUUGCAGAACAGCAGGAGAAGAUGCUGAUUAAUGGGGAAAGCAGCCAGUCCAAGCGGAACUGAGUUGCCUGUUCAUGAAGAGCUGAAGUUUACAGAUGAUGUAUUCUGCAGUAUGCCUAGUUUUGCUAUAUACUGUACAGAUUUGGUGUAUACUUUGCCACUGCUGUAUUUUUAUUUUUGCACAACUUUUGAAAGGACAGCAUGAGAUGUUUUUAGAGGACUAUUGCAUAUUUUCUGUAUAUUUGUUUUAUGCCACUGAACUGAGAUUAUCAACAACGUCCACUCUUAGCACAUAGAUAAGAACGCUGUUUAUAAUAUUUUGUGUACUUCAGAGUACAAGCUGCAUUCUUGCACUGAGGCUUUUUUUUUUUUUUUUUUGCUGGGGAUUUUAAAUAAUUGGUUUUGUGUCUUCUGAACUACCAAUAUUCCAAGAAUGUCUAGAAUCUUUCUCAAAAAUAGGCUAGGAGCAAAUUGAAUAUAUUCUGUGACAUUUAAAACCUUCAGAGAAUAGAGAAAAAUGUUGGCUGAAUGGAUUUUAAGGGGAAUGUGGUGUGUUUGCCAAGAGUGUAUUACCUUAAAACUCGGAACAAAUGGAAAGUACUAUAAGGCAGUAUUGUAAAGAAAAGGCAUUAUUUAACUAAGUUGCACUUUUUUGGGGUUAGAAAACAGGCAGGAAAGAAAUAUCUCAUUUCAGUGUGAUACAGCUAUCCAAAGGCUACCCAUUAACUCACUUUGAUCUAACCUACCUGAUGGAAAACAGGGGAAACCUUGGAAGAAGAUAUCCAGUCACUGACUUUAUCCAGGGCUGAGUGAGAUCCAGAAGUGGAAGGGCCAAGAAUGUGUGCCAGCGAAGAGAACUUUCUGUUGGAAGACACUUCUGACAGUGAGUGUUCUGAAUACUGAAGUUCCUUUUCCUUUUUAAACGUCCUUACCACUCACCUUACAAGCCACAGUUUGUGAGGCUGCAUUUCAAAACACAACAGUAAAGCGAGAAAAAGUGAUCUUGGGAGCACUGGUCUGAAGUGAAAUAUGACUGUACAGGACAAGAGGGUAUAAAAUGAAUCAUAGUUUUUCUCUUUGUUAAAUGGAGUACAGAGAAAAGUUUUAAUUGUGUAAAUAUUAAGGGGCUAUCCUUGAUAUUGGGGUCAGAAAUUAAAUUGAGGAAGCAAUAUGGUAAGAAAUCUUCAACCUGAGUAAAACUUAGCAGUAUUGAGUUUGUGCUUGAGAAUGUGCCAUAUUUUGGUUUAUAGGACUAGGCAACCCAGAAUCACAGAAAUUUGGUUAUGCACCCUAUACUGGCCCCAGGCUUAUAGUUGAUGGUAUUUAUUUCUUUCAGCUUUUAGUACAUUUAGAAAACUAACAUUUUCUUAGAAUUUAAGCCCAGUUAAGUGUAUUCCUAUUGUUUAUGUGUGCCCCUAAAGAACACUUUAUUUCAUAUUGCAAAAGUAGAUAAUAAAUGAGCACCUGCUUCAGGAAAAGAAAAUCUGCUCUACAUAGGCAAUAAUGUCUGGAAUUGGGGAAGAGUAGGAAAAGAAGUAUUUGAUCUGUUCACCCUCUUCCCCACUCCUGAAGAAGGACUAUCACUAGUUUGGAUAGGAAAUCUCUUGGGGAUACAGUAAUGCAGCAUUCUCGAAGACUUUACUAAAACAUAUUUUCCAUUCAUAUCCUUUCUCCCCCCCGCAAAGUGCCUAAAAUGUGGCAUUGAUUACAUUUUUAAAAUUCAGAGUAUGUGUGUAUGUAUCUUGACAUAAAAUGGCUUUAUUCUUACUCUUCAGCUUUUAAAAAAAAAGCAAAACAGAUUGUAUUGCCAUUCCUUUGUAGUGGUAAAAGCUAGGCUAGAAGGUGAUCAACUGUUUAACGCUGUAUGUACUAUCGUUGUGACACUUGUAUUUUCAGGAUGUUAUUCUAUUUUUAUUAUAUGUCAUACACGUAAGAGCUGUAUGGUUACCUCUUGGUGGCACUGGUGUGUAACUUACACAGACUUUCACUAAAAUAAUGUAUCUACAUACCAGUAUACACCUAUGCAUGCAGACAUAAUUCCUUAGUAUAGAAAAACUGUUUAAAGACUAGCAGUCUUUAAUAACCUAUCUUUUUGCCAUAUACACUGUGGUUUAGCAGUUAUGUUAUAAUCUGUAGUCAAAUACUUUAGUAGUUUGUUUAUUAGAGCCCUCUAAUAUAUGUCACUGAGAUGUUUAGAGAAAUAGUAGACUAUGUAUGGAGGAUUUGUAUGUGCCAUUUUAACAAGAAGAUGUAUUUAGAUUAGAAAUUUUUGGUUUACCUUUAGAAAAUGGUUUAUUUUACUUGUACUAGUUUAGAAAUUCAAAGAAGUUGGGCAGUGCCAUGCCUAGUUUAUUUUAUUUUGAGGAAUUUUAGUUCAUACAGAAGAGUGCUUCUUUAGGAGUGGUUAGUUGGUUCAGGUAAUUUUUAAUUUUUAGGAAAAUCAUUCCAUACAUGGAUUAAUAUCUGGUACAUGGGCACAAAUUUUGUUCUUAUGUGAAUAUUUCCUUUCCAGUAUCUUCUCAAGUUGGAAAAAGUAUGCGUGUGUGUAUAUAUAUAUAUAUAUAUACACACACAUAUACACAUCGUCUUUUCUUACCCUACCUUAUAUUUAUAUUGCUUGUAACUCACAAGAAGUUGUUCUUAUUUGUUCUUAUUCUAGGUUAGUUCGUUCUUGUUAUACCUGAGUAACAUGAUACCAUUUCGUUUCAAUUUUUGGCCCCCAAAGCCUCCACUAUUUUACCAAGUUGUGAGAAGAUGUCUAUAGAAUUUCCCAGCCUUGUACUAUUCACAGGAUUGGCCUUUGCCAGCCACAGUCCUUGUGAACUUGUGUUAAGUCUCUUAACCUCUAUGGGUAUCAACAAGUUGUGCUAUCAGAGGAGUUAGGUUUGGGGUAAGCCUUGUCUCCAAGGAGGUUGUCAUGGAAGGCAGCGACUGUGUAAGCCCUAAUAGCCCCUGGAGACGCAGUCAGAAGUGGCUCUCAGACCACAGAGCACAGCAUCCAAUCCCCUUAUGUCAUUUCCUGUGUUGAGUUUCCAAGACUAAAAAAAAAAAGACAGUACAUUUACUUGGCUACUCAUGCAGAUCACCAGUGAGUGUGAGAUUUAGAGCUCUUGGAGCACCGUGCCUCAAGGUACAAACCCUGGAUGAUGAUGAUGUCCUCAUCACUGAUCUCUUGACAAAAAAAGCUGACUUCAAAAGGAGUGUUGGAGAUAAGAAUGUGUGCAACAAUGUACUGGAAAUCCUGGAUUUGGGGAGGAAACCAGUCACAGAUAUAUUCUUGCCUACCAGUGAAGUGCCUUUAUUUUCAGCAUAGAGCACAAGUGUUAGACCUACUCUGAUUUGAUUUUCAAUUUUCCUGUGUUUUUACCAGAUUGUACCCCUAAAACUUUACAGGACAUCACAAGCAAUGCUGUUUGUUUUGUUUUACAAGAGUGGUUUAAGAUGAGAGGGAGGAAAAGUAUAACCACUUUGCUCUGUUGGGAACAACUGUAUGUAAAAACCAGGUGGUAUAAUAUAGCUGCUCAGCAUCAGACAUAUGUCUGGAUGCAUCUUCUACUGAGUUCCUGCCACAUGUCAGGCACUGUGCUCAGCUGUGAAGACAGAGCAGUGACCCUGAGCUCACAGUCUCUGCAGGGAGUGCUGGAUAAGAGAUUUAAAGCUUCUGAUACUGUCGAUUUGAGGUGAAAAUCUAGGAUACAGUUAUCACUUUCAUCUUCAUCUAUAAUAUACAUUGUAUAGUUUUCCAAGGGUCUUCUUUAUCUGGAACUUAUUAAGAAUCUGUCAGUGAAACAUCAUGUCUUCUUUGAAGUAUGAAGUAUGAAUCACAUAACCUGUUGUUAACUUAAAGAAUACUUUAUGCAAGUAAAGAGUCAUAUAUUCCACUAUAUAGAUUAUUUUUCCAUAUGCUAGCCAGCUAGAGAUUACUCAGAGUUCUCUUAGACUGUUAAAUUGUGCACAGUUUGGACCCCUUCUGCUCCACCACAGGGAGCGAGGAAGAAAGUAUUAAAGCUCACUUUGCCCUUCCAUAUGCUUCUCAAAAGCCUGUGUAAACAUGUCUUAAUAAAUGUUGUUGAAAACCAUGUAAAUAAUUUAAAAUAUAAAUUUCUAUUACAGUUUAAGAAAAGAAAACCUUAUGAGUCAUCACUAGCCACUGUUAAUAUCUAUUUGUAUUCUUAUACCUUUUCAAUACAUUUGAACAAAUAUAUAGUUUCUGGCACUAUUUUUGUACUAGGAUAAAGGACUUACUGUAUAUGUUAUGUUUAGCUUUUAAGUCAUUUUAAAUAAUUGUGAAUGUUGAUCUCUUGUCUUUCCUCUCCCCCACCAUGAGAACCACUUCAGAUGACUCUUCUAUGACAAAAUCACUUUAAAGGAACACUUACCCACCUAUGCUCCCUAUAAAGUCAAGAGAUGGUCAGGGUGGUUUCCAUUGUGCAAACUCCCUUCACUUGUCAGUUGUUUCCUCAUUUUUCCAUGCUUUGAAAAAAUAAAAAGAAGAAUGAA